UGGUGUUUUAUCACCCGCUAGAGAGUGAGAGAGAGAGAGAGAGACAGAGGGAGAGAAUUCGUUUCCUUUCAUCUUCGAAAAGAUGGCACAUUACCUGUGCUGCGAUAUGAUGCUGGCAACGGUACUGCUCGCAUCGUUGUUGAUCUUAGGAGGCACCUUACCGGCACUGCAACUGGUACUCGGCAGCGAAAGUAGCGGUAGUGUGACGUUGGUUGGCGGUUCGCGCCAAUCGCACCACCAGGGACCAAACCUGUCGCAGGAACUCAACCGUAACAUCAUCAACACCGUGUUCGAGCGGACGCGGCCAGCCGGUCGGGAUCGUCGGUGGAAGGAAGUAACGAUUCUGGGCCUCUUCGAACUCAGCUCACACGCUGGUGGUGAACGGCGGGAAGGAUUCAGCGAACUGGCAGCGGCACAGUUGGCUGUGCAGCACAUUAAUCGUCGUGGUUUCCUUCUUGGCUACAAACUGAAGCUCAUCACCAACGAUACGCAGUGCGAUCCGGGUGUCGGUAUUGAUCGGUUUUUCCACGCACUGUAUACGCACCAGAGCAAACGGAUCAUCAUGGUACUCGGUUCGGCUUGCUCCGAGGUGACCGAAAGCCUGGCGAAGAUCGUCCCGUACUGGAAUAUUCUGCAGGUCUCUUUCGGAUCAACCUCACCGGCACUGAGCGAUCGGCGUGAGUUUCCGCUGUUCUAUCGCACCGUAGCGCCCGAUUCGUCGCAUCAUCCGGCCCGGAUCGCUUUCCUGAUGCGGUUCGGCUGGGAUACGGUGGCCACGUUCUCGCAGAAUGAGGAAGGCUACUCGCUGGCGGUCAACGAUCUGGUGACGGAGCUGGAACGGGCAAACAUUACGUGUGCCGCCACCAUCUCGUUCGCCGAGACGGACUUUAAGGAACAGCUGAAGCUGCUGCGGGAUCGUGAUGUGCGAGUGAUUAUCGGAAGCUUUUCGCAUGAAAUUGCUCCUCAAGUGUUCUGUGAGGUGUACAACCUCGGUAUGUACGGUGCGGAGUAUGCCUGGAUCCUACAGGAUACUUACAUCUCCUCCUGGUGGCUCACAGCACCCGGUGGCCCCUGCACAACGAAAGCCCUGCUGACCGCGGUCGAGAACCUGAUAAUCGUCUCCAGCUACAACAGUAUCGUCGGCAUGGGCACGGCACUGAGCGGAUUAACGAAUGGCAUCUUUCUGCAGAAGCUUCGCGAGAUGAACGUGACCGGUGCGGUGUCACAGUUUGCGCCACAAACGUACGAUGCCGUGUGGGCGAUGGCACUGGCCCUGAGGGGUGCCGAAAAGUCCUGGUCACAGCGGCGCCGACCAGCGAACCGGGUACGGUUGGCAGAUUACGAUUACACGCGGUACGACAUUGCGAAGGAGCUGCGGCGACAGUUCGAUUUGCUCAAGUUCAACGGCAUUUCCGGGCCGGUUUCGUUCGAUGGUGCCGACCGGAUUGGGACGACCUCGUUCCACCAGAUACAGCGUGGACAGCUGGAGAUGAUUGCGUUUUACUAUCCGAAGAAUGCUUCGCUUCACUUCGGUUGCCGCCAUUGUGUGCCCGUUGUUUGGGCUUCCGGGCAGGUACCGAUAGCGAAGCGAAUACUGAAGCUGCGCGUCGAUACGAUCGAUCCGCUGGCGUUCUAUACCGUGAUGGUACUGGCGCUCGGCGGUAUUGCGAUAUCGGUGUUCUUUCUUGGAUUGAAUCUACGGUUCCGGAAGCUUAAAGCGAUCAAACUGUCGAGCCCCAAACUCAGCACGAUCACGGUGUGCGGCUGCAUUCUGGUGUACAUGGCAACGAUCCUGCUCGGUCUCGAUCACUCUACGCUACCGCGCGUAUCGAGUGUCAGCUUCUCCACCGUCUGCAUGGCACGGAUCUACUUCCUGUCGGCCGGGUUUUCGCUCGCAUUCGGCUCGAUGUUUGCCAAAACGUUCCGGGUGUACCGGAUCUUUACGCACAGUGCCGGUGGGCUGUGCCGGGAUAAGAUGUUGCGUGAUACGCAGCUCAUUUCGGUGAUUGGUGCGCUGCUGCUGGUCGAUGCGUCGGUUGUUUCGUUCUGGAUGGCGGCCGACCCGAUGGAGCGUCACCUGCACAACCUUUCGCUCGAGAUUAGUGCGACGGAGCGGAGCGUAGUGUUUCUGCCGCAGGUGGAACUGUGCCGAUCGCGGCACUACGAGAGCUGGCUCGGUAUGUUGUACGCGUACAAGGGUUUGCUGUUGAUCGUCGGUGUGUACAUGGCGUGGCAGACGCGGAAUGUGAAGAUAUCGGCCCUGAACGACUCGCAGUACAUUGGGAUCUCGGUUUAUUCGGUUGUUAUCACGAGUGCCAGUGUGGUCGUGUUGGCGAAUCUGCUGUACGAGAAGGUAACGCUGGCGUUCGUCAUUACGGCGGGAUUUGUGUUGAGCUCGACGACGGCCACGCUCUGUUUGCUGUUCCUACCGAAGCUGAAGGAUAUUUUCGAAAAGGGCGAGGUGUACGAUCCGAUCAUUCACAGUAUGGGACUGAAGCUGGAGUUCAAUACGCGCCGCUUCGUUGUGGACGAUCGGCGUGAGCUGCAGUUCCGUGUGGAGGUCCAGAAUCGGGUCUAUCGGAAGGAGAUUGAGCUGUUGGAUGCGGAGAUUGGGCGGUUGGAGCGGUUGCUAGAGGAACGAUCGCUGCAAAGUAGUCCCCGUUCGUCGGAUCCCAAUCUGACUCCCGCUGUUACGCACGAAAACCGCAGCCGGAGCGUACCACCACCACCAAGGGCAGCCGGAUCGAGUGGAUUGCCGAUGUUGCUGCUUUCGGUGUUGCCACCGAUCAUCCCACGGGCCAGCUGGCCAUCGGUGGAUCCGAUGCUUUCGCCCAUGAAGCGAAACAUUGCCUUCAGCUCGCAACCGAAGAUCGAUCCACCGAUGGUGACGACACCGAACGGGGAGCUACUGUCACGCUCCUGCCGAGGGGAUUACGGUGGCGAUGUGGAAGACGAGACGCCAGUGGCAACCGUUGGUACCACACCACCGUCAGAGGCCAGCGUACUUGGGCGCAUCAGGCACAUUUUUACACCGCGCGUUCACCGCGCACCGUGCUCCGUGGUGGCCAGCACAACAACAACCGUACGGAAGUCUACGUUGGCCAUAUUCAAAGAGAUCGACACGGAGGAUGACUUGACGCCGUUCACGUGCGUUCCACCUUCCACCAUCUAUACGAUCGGCACCGAUAGUGGCAGUGAACCGCGUGUUAACUUCAUACUUCCAGCGGCACACGCCAACGGCUGUGGUGGUGGUGGUUCGCGACGCCGAUCAUCGAUCGUACAGCAAGCGGGACCAGUAAGGGAGCGUAUCCGUGGAUCUCCUCGCUUUCCGCAUCGUAUUUGCCCACAGGCGAUCAGCUUGACCGAACUGGGUAUCGAGCGACCCCGGUUUAGCUUCUUGACGGUCAAAAGCUGCGAGCAGAUCCAUGGCAAAGCGAUGGUGGGUGGAUGUGAUGGUGCGAGUCAGGCGGCCAAGUGGAAAUCGAUGGAUUCCUUCUCGAAGAGCGUCAUCGGAUGUGAACAGUAAAAACCAGGCGUGUGGUCGCCAUGAAAGCAAUAGUAUCGCGUAGCUUUUCCAUUUCAACCACCAGGCACCAGCUGCAGUUCGGAUGUAGUAGAUGGCAACGCGAUUUGCACACACAAAUACACCCUA